AUGUACAUUCGCCAAUACGAGCAUACCUGCCCUCCCCGGACAGGUUGCGCUGACGUUAUCCAAGAAGGCUCGCUCAGCAUCAAGCCAGUCUUCCAGUCGGAAGAUAGCUCUUUCGGUGCUGAAGUUUUUGGAGUUGAUUGGAGCGAGCCUAUUUCGGACACUAUUGUGGCUCAGCUGAUCGCUUUGCAAGACAAGUAUGGAGUAUUGAUUUUUCGGGAAACAGGUUUGGACAAUGCUCGUCACAUUGCGUUCUCACAAAAACUUGGCGACAAGCUUGAAAUCAAUCCUUUCUUCUAUGGACGUGAGAACGACCGCCUGGGGGAGCCAUUAUUAUUCGAUGUGGCCAAUAUCGAGUUGGAUGGCUCGUUGGACUCUUCAUAUCAUCAACAACGCUCAAAAUAUUCAAUUCUUCUCUCCCAUGUGGAGGGUGGAUCUUGGACUCACUUUGCAGACAUGCGCCGGGCCUACAGUGAUCUUCCCCAGGCCACGAAAGAUCAGAUUGAGGACCUUGUAAUUGAGCAUGACCUUUGGCAUUCUCGAAAACUAGCAUCGCCGGCUGUAUUCGGCAAGCCCCUACCUCAUGAACUGGCAGCAAAGCCACCAGCAUUUCACCGACUUGUACAAGUAGCCCCCGAUGGUCGCAAAACAUUGUAUCUCGCAGCCCAUGCUAAGCGAGUCUUGGGCAUGGAUUUGGAAAGGAGUCAGAAGCUGAUUUGGGAGCUUAUUGGCCAUUGCACGCAGUCCAAGUAUGUUUUUAGUAUGGAGUGGGUGUCUGCCGGUGACAUGGUGUGGUGGGAUAAUCGACAAUCUAUGCAUCGUGCUAAUCCUUACACUGAACAUAUGACGGCAAGAGAUGUGCGUCGCUCUACGAUUUUGGAUGACGGAUCGUUGGCAUUUGGUGCUACUUUGGAAGAGCAAGCAGCCGCGGAAAAAGGUGGCGUCAAUUGA